GGAAUUCUUGUUAUGACAGCUUAGAGUUAAAUUCAUUGGCUGCACCGCUGGAGCUGCACAGCGAGAACGCAGCCCCCUGCAGAACUCAUUGGAACAUUCCCAGUCAUGCACGGACAACCGGCUAGCGCGCAACCAAACACACACACACACACACACACACACACACACACACACACACACACACACACACACACACACACACACACACACACACACACACACACACUGCGUGACCAACUGUGACCAUGUAUCAAGAGCUUUCGUGACUACUUUCAGUCCUACUUGUUGAUUCGCUUCAGCGCGAGAAGGGCAGCUCCGGGGGACAGUGGAGGGGGUUUGGGAGUGUGUGUAGUGAAACAUGCUCCUGGCUCGUCAGUGCGCCUGCAGCAUCCUGUUAGCAGAAUGACGGACCCGGACCUUCGAGAAGUUUGAGCGCGUCUACUCCCAGGAUGUUACGGGAUAUGCGUUGAAUCAUCGGAAUAUACAGGGCAAGUUCAAACCAAAGCAUAAGCGAGAACCAUGGAUGUGGUCCUCCUUGGGCCGAUGCCGCUGUGACCCAAAGAGACCACCCUAUCUUAACUCAAGUGCUCCGAUUUGCCCCCGUCCUGAGAGGAGAAGAUGAGUGACGCGGGUCCGCGGGGGGAAGCCUCCGACACCGCGUCGCUGCCGCCGGCCGCCGUGUCCGACAUCGUCCGCAGCAAGACCCUCUUCCGCCGGGUCCGGCUGAACGUGGGGGGUCUCCUCCACGAGGUGCUGUGGCGGACCCUGGACCGGCUGCCCCGCACGCGGCUGGGCAAGCUGCGGGACUGCGACGGCCACGACGCGGUGCUGGAGGUGUGCGACGACUACAGCCUGGGCGACAACGAGUACUUCUUCGACCGCCACCCGGGCGCCUUCACCUCCAUCCUCAACUUCUACCGCACGGGCAAGCUCCACAUGAUGGAGGAGAUGUGCGCGCUGUCCUUCAGCCAGGAGCUGGACUACUGGGGCGUCGACGAGAUCUACCUGGAGUCCUGCUGCCAGGCGCGCUACCACCAGAAGAAGGAGCAGAUGAACGAGGAGCUGAAGCGCGAGGCGGAGACCAUGAGGGAGCGCGAGGGCGAGGACUUUGACACCACCUGCUGCUCAGAGAAGAGGAGGAAGCUCUGGGACCUGCUGGAGAAGCCCAGCUCGUCGUUCGCAGCAAAGAUCCUGGCCAUCAUCUCCAUCCUCUUCAUCAUCCUAUCCACCAUCGCCUUGUCUCUGAACACCCUCCCGGAGCUCCAGGACACCGAUGAGUUUGGCCAGGUCAUCGACAACCCCCAGCUGGCCCACGUGGAGGCGGCGUGCAUCGCCUGGUUCACCAUGGAGUACCUGCUCCGCUUCCUCUCCUCGCCCAGCAAGUGGAAGUUCUUCAAGGGCCCGCUGAACGUCAUCGACCUGCUGGCCAUCCUGCCCUACUACGUCACCCUCUUCCUCACCGAGUCCAACAAGAGCGUGCUGCAGUUCCAGAAUGUCCGGCGGGUGGUGCAGAUCUUCCGCAUCAUGCGGAUCCUGCGCAUCCUGAAGCUGGCCCGGCACUCCACUGGCCUGCAGUCUCUGGGCUUCACCCUGAGGAGGAGCUACAACGAGCUGGGUCUGCUCAUCCUCUUCCUGGCCAUGGGCAUCAUGAUCUUCUCCAGUCUCGUCUUCUUCGCCGAGAAGGAUGAGGACGACACCAAGUUCAAAAGCAUUCCGGCGUCUUUCUGGUGGGCCACCAUCACUAUGACCACCGUGGGUUACGGAGACAUCUACCCCAAAACCCUCCUGGGGAAGAUAGUGGGGGGUCUGUGUUGUAUAGCAGGAGUACUGGUGAUAGCCCUGCCCAUUCCUAUCAUUGUAAAUAACUUCUCAGAGUUUUAUAAGGAACAGAAGAGGCAAGAGAAGGCCAUCAAAAGGAGAGAGGCCUUGGAGAGAGCCAAGAGAAAUGGCAGCAUUGUCUCUAUGAACAUAAAAGAGGCUCUAGCCCAGAGCAUGGAACUCAUGGAUGUAACGGUGGAGGACACAGGCAAGAAGAUCCAGGAGAACCACGUAUCUCUGAGCCACCAGAAAGAGACAUCCAAGCCAACCCUCUCGGACGCCAGCCUGGCCAGGACCCUGGAGACAAGCUUCCAGGAGAAAGCCAGGCCCUCCAGCCCACAGCGUCUAGAUGCCCAGAAUCUGGAGGAGAUGUACAACAGCAUGGCCAAGGGCCAGCGCCGGCCGGGCCCGGACGGCAACGACAAAGGGCUGUUGUCUAGGGUCCCGCACCAGAGGACUGAGAUGGAGAUGGGCAGCAUCCCCGCCGCAGCCAGGGGCCGACCAGCGGACCCCGUGAUGGACAUGAAGAGCAUGUCCAGCGUGGACAGCUUCAUCACCUGCGCCACCGACUUCCCGGAGAGCUGCCGCUUCUCCCAGAGCCCCGUCGGACGGGUCAGCGCUCACCCCGGCCUGGAGACCACCGUGGAGAACGAACUCGGGGUGUCCCACGGCGCGGCGGUGCGGCGACACGCGCCGGCCGCCGAGCGCGGCGCCCUCUCCGCCACGGGCCGCUCUCUCGGGGCCAAGCACAAAGGCCGGGCGGCGGGCGCUUCGGCGUCCCCCUCGGCGGGGCGGGGCGGGGAGGGCGGGGGGGCUCUGUCGGACGGCUCCUCGGCGCGGAGCCCGGAGGUGUCCGUCUACACCAGCGCCGGCAGCCGCACGCCCAGCAAGAGCCCCGAGAACCUGCCGAGGCUGGCGCCGCCACCGCCGUCCGCCGGCAUCUUCACGUUCCACGACGCCUCCAUCAACCUGUUCAUCGACGCCGACACCGACGACGAGGACCACCACCACCACCGCCACACCGGCGGCGCCGGCGCCGGCGGCGGUGCGGGAGCCGGAGCCGGAGCCCCCCAUAGACUGAGCCCUAGGUCCGGCUUUCAGUCCAGCUGCCAGUGGAGGGGGGGCCACCAGGAGGGCCCUCAGAGGAGGCUGCUGGGCCAACGUAUGGCCCACGUGGAGGGGCUCCCGGGGGGGGGCCGGGAGAGGCACGUGGCGGGGGAGCCGGAGCCACUUCCGGGGGAGAGGAGGAUCUCCAACGCCUCCAAAGACAACUGAGGCAGGAGAGGACGGGGACGUGGGAGAAGCGCCAACAGUCUAAAUAAAGCACAAUGGGAAAUAGGACAGAGGAAUUACAACACCCGCUCAGACGUUUGGACUCACGAGGAAGAUGUGUGUUUGGGUUGUUUGUGGCUCUGCGCACAAACCUCAGACGAAGUCUACUGUAUGUACUGUACAGACCAUACACGGAAGACUAUAUUAGAAUACCCUGCACAACACAAUAAAGGAAUGAACAAUUACCGUUUUUUUUUUUCAAACUGCUGGGAGUUUCUCUAGGAUGUGUUUGGAUCCCUGGAGAACAACAACAGGGUUGAAACCUAAAAGUGCAGACUCGGGGAAGAUAUUGUCUCCAGACAUAACAAUAUUUUUAUGUAAAUUUCCGCUUACACCAUGCCGUAGCUACGACAACUGGCAUGUGUUGAUAUACUAUACAUUAUCUAUAGUUUUCCUUCUAAUACUUCCUCAAAACUGGCCUUAGGAUAUUUAUUCACUUUCAUGUUUAAUUAAUUUAAUUGUAUUUGUUUGCGUUUGUGCAUGUGUGUGUGUGUGUGUGUGUGUGUGUGUGAGUGCGUGCAUGUGUGUACGUUUGUGUGUGUGCAUGCGUGCGAGUGUGUGUGUGUGUGUGUGUGUGUGUGUGUGUGUGUGUGUACAAACAAUGGACCAUACCCAAAGUUCAGGCUUGUAUUCAUAGCUAUGGCAUUGCUCUCUCCGCCCUCUAAAUCCAUAGGCAUACUCUUUCCUCAUGUUGAACUCCAAAUGGAUACUAAUAUACGCUUAGAAAGAAAUUACACUGUGAGCAUGUUUCCAUGUGGUGUGUUCCCGUUCUGUGCACUUACAUCAGAGGAAACUAGAAUAUGAGUAUGUCGGAUAAUGUACACAUAAAGCUAUUUGUUUUGAAUAAUU